GAACCCUUCCUGGCUGGCUGGCUCAGAAUCCGGGCCAGAAGAUCGUAUAGUAUUCUGAGGCCGAAUUUAGCGGUUGAUAGGUGGCUCCGCUCCAGAAGCGUUGUCGGGAGAGAUCCGGCGCCGGGUUUCCUGCGUAGCGGACGGGCCUCAGGGCGGGGCCUGGUUGGGGUGGCUCGGGAAGUUGCUGAAGUUGGGCAGAGAGUGAGGGACAGAGCCCGCGAACGUCUGCGUCGUCGGCCGGGCCUUCCUGGGUGUCUUUUUCCUCUCUUUUCUGUCCGGUCGGUGCAUAAUGGAAGCAGCAUGGCCGCUCAUCUUUCCUUAACGCAGCUGUCAAGUGCAAAUCCUGUGUAUGAGAAGUACUAUCGACAGGUUGAUCCUGGUAACUCUGGAAGGGUGUUGGCUUCUGAUGCAGCUGUUUUCCUGAAAAAAUCAGGACUGACAGACCUGAUACUUGGGAAGGUUUGGGACCUCGCUGAUACAGAUGGCAGAGGUAUCUUAAACAAACAGGAGUUUUUUGUGGCUUUACGACUUGUAGCCUGCGCACAGAAUGGAUUGGAUGUUUCUCUAAGUAGUCUUAACUUGCCUGUUCCUCCACCUAGAUUUAAUGAUUCCACUAGCCCUUUAUUAUCUGGGGGAGCACCAGCCGAUAUCCCAUGGGCUGUUAAGGUAGAAGACAAGGCCAAAUAUGAUGCUAUCUUUGACAGUCUGAACCCAGUGAAUGGAUUGUUGUCAGGUGAUAAAGUGAAACCUGUUCUGCUAAACUCCAAACUGCCAGUCGAUGUCUUGGGAAGGGUUUGGGAACUAAGCGACAUUGACCAUGAUGGAAUGUUGGAUCGGGAUGAAUUUGCAGUUGCCAUGUUCUUGGUGUACUGUGCUCUUGAGAAGGAACCUGUGCCAAUGUCUUUGCCUCCAGCGCUGGUGCCACCUUCUAAAAGAAAAGGUGUCAGUAUUCCAGGUGCAGUGCAUUUGGUGCCACCCUCAACAUCCAGUAAAGAUCCCCAUCAGACCAUACCACCUGUAAGCCUCUUGCCAGCUAAAGCACCAUCAACACAGUGGGUUGUAUCCCCUGUAGACAAGAUAAAAUACCAUGAAAUCUUUCUGAAAACUGACAAAGACAUGGAUGGCUUUGUCUCUGGUGUAGAGGCUAGAGAAUUAUUCUUAAAGACAGGCCUGCCUUCUACUUUACUUGCACAAAUCUGGGCUCUCUGUGACACAAAGGACUGUGGGAAGCUUUCCCAGGAACAGUUUGCCUUGGCCUUCCAUUUCAUCAAUCAGAAGCUGACAAAAGGCAUUGAUCCUCCUCAGGUGCUAACUGCAGAUAUGAUCCCUCCGUCAGAGAGAACCACCUUAGAAAAGAAUAUGCUAGGACCAAGUCCUGUAGCAGAUUUUUCGGCAAUCAAAGAGCUAGAUACUUUAAGCAAUGAAAUAGUUGACCUACAGAGGGAAAAGAAUAACGUGGAGCAAGAGCUAAAGGAAAAAGAAGAUGUAAUCAGACAGAGGACGAGUGAGGUUCAGGAUCUUCAGGAUGAAGUAAAAAGGGAGAGCAAUAAUUUGCAGAUGCUCUUGGCUCAGAAGCAGGAAGUGGAGGAAAUCCUUAAUGGUCUUGAUGAGGAGAAAGCCAAGCUGGAAGAGCAGCUUAAUACAAUCCGGCAGAAAUGUGCUGAAGAGGCUGAUUUGAUUGCAUCACUAAAGGCAGAGAUAACUGAUCAGGAAUCCAAAAUCUCAACAUGUAAAGAUGACUUGAAUAAAGCCCAAGAAGAGCUUGGCAGGCUGCAGCAGGAAACAGCAGAGCUAGAGAUGUGUGUGGAGGCAGGGAAGUUGGAGCUGGGACCGCUUCAGCAAGAUCUUCAGGAGUCGCAACAAGAAAUCUCUUCGGUGCAAGUAAAGUUGUUUGAGCUCAAGGAGUUGGAAAACAGCCAGUUUAACUGGGAGGUUCGGCCACAGAGCACACUACUUAAUGGGAAUGCAGAUCAUUCUAGCCUUAGCAACAGCAGCAGUGAAACUGCUAACUUUAAUGAGAAUGCUGAAAGAGAGAAUUCAGCAGAUUCUGAACAAAUAAAUCAUGAAUCUCCUGCCAGGAAUACUCCAGAAACAACACAUGUAGAAGCAGAAGAAGAAACAGAGGUCCUGCCACCAGAUGUUACGAAAAAAGGAGAUCCAUAUGAUGAAGAAUCCCAUCCGCUCUCUGAUCAGAUUGCAGGGUCCAAUUUAGACUUCUUUGAGGCUGACCCCUUCGUUGGCAGUGAUCCUUUUAAGGAUGAUCCUUUUGGGAAAAUUGAUCCAUUUGGUAGUGAUCCUUUCAAAGGUUCAGAUCCUUUUGCUGCUGACUGUUUUUUCAAGCAAUCAGCCACAGAUCCUUUCGGAAGUAUUGACCCCUUCAGUGCAACCAGCAACAACAGUAAUUCUUCGACAGCAACACUGAAAUGUGACGAUCCUUUUGCUCCUGGUGGAAUUGCUGUUACUGCAUCAAGUGAUCCAGCUACAGAUCCCUUUGCCUCUCUGUUUGGAAAUGAAUCUUUUGGAAAUGGCUUUGUUGACUUCAGCACAUUGUUGAAGGCAAACAAUGAAGAUCCCUUCAGUUCAUCUACAACAGGCUCUGUCAACAAUGUAGUCAUAACUAAAAAUGUGUUUGAGGAAUCUCCAGCCAAAAAUGAAGAUGUUCCUCCUGCUUUACCUCCUAAAACUGGAACACCUACCAGACCUUGUCCUCCCCCACCUGGAAAAAGGUCUAUCAACAAAUUGGAGUCUUCGGAUUCCUUUAAACUGAAUGAUCCCUUCCAGCCCUUCCCAGGCUGUGAUGGUUCCAAAGAGCAGGAAGCUGACCCAUUUGCUCCCACUGGUGUGUGCAAAGAGAUGGACACCAGCAAUUUUGCUAAUUUCAGUGCUUAUCCUACUGAAGAAGAUAUGAUUGAAUGGGCAAAGAGGGAAAGUGAGAGAGAGGAGAAAGAGCGACUUGCAAGAUUGAAGCAACAAGAACAAGAAGAUUUAGAACUAGCUAUUGCACUCAGUAAAUCUGAAAUAUCAGAAGCAUGAAGAAUUGCCACAACCAUUUGUCCUAUUUCCUGGAUGUGUAAAGCUAAUCAGAAGCUAUGUAUGCACAGGGAAGUACAAAAGGCUUUAAAUUCCUGGAAAUGUGAUUUUUGAGCAACAAUAUAUUAUUUGUAUUUUUUUCAUAUCCGCCAGUCUCAUUGGGCUACUCUCUUUUAAUACAGCAAAGUUCCAUUUACAUUUAUCUUGAGAUUCUUCUGUACUAUAAACCAUUACACCAAAGUAACUUCUUUUAAUGCAAAAAAGACAACUCUGUACUAUUUAAAAUUAGAAUACUAAGGCACAGAAAUCCAUUUUUUAAGGUCUCGGAAAGCAAUUAUGUCUCAAACCAAGUUCCUGUCUGUCUUGGACUGAUACAUGCCUUACUGUAUUGAAGAUAAUAAAAAGUGCAGGUGCAUGUAACUACAUCAAAUGCAUUUUAUAGCCUUUUGUCCCUUAAAAAAAUGAGGGCUUGUUCUAAGUCUUGAUUAGUUUUCUUUUCAAAAGCACUAUUUUUCCAAUUCUUAUUAUACUGAAUUAUUUUAGUUUUUCCAGGUAGCCUGGAUGGUAAAAUAGAUUUUCACCUUGUAAGCAAAACUGGCCAUGUAGCCAAUCAAACUAAAGUUUAAAUAAUUAUAUGUAGUUGGCAGACAUUAAGGUAACUACACUGUGCUGAUAAUCCUGUUUUUUUGCUAAAAUGUUCACAUCUAGUUAUCACACGUAUUAGGAACCUGUUGUACAUUUUAGAGAUGAUGGAAUUUGAGGCUAGGCACAUGGAGUGCCUUUAUGCCCUUGGUUCUCCUUUUAAUGAAGUCUCUGCUGCUUGACUGGAUAUCGAAUAAAAAAAAGUCUAGAUUCCAGAUGCAAUAAGUGUUGCCUGAAACUUUUAACUGCCAUUUUCCUGUCCAUCAGGUUUUUAAAAAUGCAAAUUUAGGGUUUUUCCAGGGAGAUUAGACUAUUUGGCCAAGUUCACUGUCAAGAAUUCUGACACUGCACUGCUAAUUGAGCCAAUUUCUUCUGUGAAAUAUGCAACUUAAACUGGGAAGCUGACAGCUGAAUUUGAAAUAGGAUAGGACAUAACUGCAUAAAGACAUAGUUUACAACGGUCAGUUACUGUUAUGUAUAAUUUAUUGAAUACCAACUGAUAGUUGCACCUUAAAAAUGUCCUUUAUAGUAACAGAGUCAGCAAUGAAUGUUAAUGAAAGUAAAUUAUUGCCUGUUCUGUCUAAAGUUUUCUGUUCUGCAGGAUGUUAAACUCAUUCUAAAUGAAUUCUUCUUCCAUGCUCAAUAUGUGCACAGUUAGGCUGCAGCCUUAAAAAAAUUGAUGCUCCUCCCUCCCAAAAAAAACCCUGUGGUAUUUGUGCCUGAAAUAAAGAAUUUUAAAAUGAUUUUUUCUUCUGCUGCAAGGGUUGCACAGUUACCACUGUCAGGUUGAAACCUUUCCAGUUGCCUGUGGAUGCUGCUGCAAGAGACUUUUGAAGAAGGUAGUUUUUGGUUCUGAAAAAACUUUUGCACUAGGAAAUGAGUAUUUCAAAACAUGUGCUCAAAAAAGUAACUUAGCAAAACCUCUUGCAAGUAUUAUUCAUAAUUUAUCUACCCAAACUUUGUAUUAACAUUAAUCGUGCAUAUUGUAUGUUUAACUGGACUACAUAGAUUUUUCUUUUUUGUUAAAUGUAUACUUUGUGGACCAAUACAAUAUCUGUGUGUAUAUAUUAUACAUAUAAAUAUAUAUAUAUAUACAAGCUUUCUUGUAUAGGACUUAAAGUUCUGAAUCACUUGAUGUUACAUUUCAUGUUACUGACUGAUUACAGAACUUUUACUCGAAGGCUUCUAAAUAAACUACUGCUGUGUCAGCUUAAAUGGCAUUACUGUUAAAGUUUUAAAAGGCUUUUAAUAACUUGUUCAGGUGGGGUUAGCCUCUAUUUAUAGACUUUUGUUUAAAAAUUCUAAAUAGCUUGUAAUUAUGAAUAAAACAGUUUAAGUAUAUUAA